GUGAUCGAUCGAUCAGUGAUGGAAUCGAUGAGCGCUUCGUCGAGGAAUCCAAAGCUCAUGCGAGACGUGCGCCGAAGAGAAAAAAUCAUAGUCACGGUGAAACAUCGACGUGUGUGUGUAUAUGUGUGUAAGUUGGGAUGCCAAAUCCAUCCGUCAUGCGAGCUCUGAUCCUGCCUCCGAUCGGAGACCGGAUUCGUUGCUGCUUCUGGAGGUUUCGUCAAAUCCCAACCCCACAAAUGUAGCGACUACGUGAUUUCGGGUAGUGCAGGCGUCUUCGCGCAACCCAUCGUCGUCGCAAGUUGCUGUAGCCUGGCGGAGAUUCGAAGAAUCCAGGAUCGCGUUGAACUGAAGGCCUUCUCGCUUUCUGCGCUUUAUUAUAAAUUGGGUUUUUUUCUUUUUUCUAUUUUCUUUCUUCUGCUGUGAUUUCUUCUUCUUUCCUUCUUCAUCUGCUUCUGGUAGCAUUAUCUUUCGACUUCGCCGACCUUCGGCUCCGCCGCAAACUGAGGAGGAAUUAGUUCCAUCGGCACGCCAUUCCAAGUCAGAAGGGGAACUGGGGCUGGUCCGCUUUGGGAACGGGACUCGAACGGCGGAGACGGAUCAGCAGCGUUGCGUUGAAGCUCAGCAUUCCGAGUUAGGGUUUCAGGAUUCCUCAACCCACUCCUCCUCAUCUCGCCUCUCUCGCUUCUUUCAUCUGCUUCUUUGCCAGUGUGUGUUUCCAACAGCGAGCACCUUCCAUCACAGCGUUGCGAAGCAGAGAUCAGGAGGUAGAGGAAUUUGUCGCCAUGGGAGGAGGUGCAGGACGGGGGAAGUUCAAGGGGAAGCCUACGGGGCGGCGCCACUUCUCCACGCCGGAGGAGAUGGCUGCCGGCACCUCCACCAAGCCCCGAAGCUUCAAGAGAAAUCCCGAGGAAGAGGAAGAGGAGCCAGAGGAGGAGUCUGAGGAGGAGUCCGAGGAGGAGGAGGAGGAGUCCACGAAGAAGAAGGGUACUGCAGGAGUGAUUGAAAUUCAGAACCCGAACUUGGUUAAACCGAAGAAUGUGAAAGCAAAGGAUGUGGACAUGGACAGGCCUGCCGAGCUCUCUAGACGAGAGAGAGAGGAGCUCGAGAAGCAAAGGGCUCAUGAAAGGUAUUUGAAAUUGCAAGAGCAAGGCAAGACUGAACAAUCGAAGAAAGAUCUAGAGCGUUUGCAGCUGAUUAGGCAGCAACGAUUGGAGGCUGCGAAGAAGCGAGAAGAGGAGAAAGCUGCAAAGGACGCUAAGAAGGCCGAAGCCCGCAGAUAGGGAGCCACAAAAUUCAUCUGCACGAAUGUACUUAGUAGUUUUUGAAUAUCCAGGAGGAAAUUUAUAAAAACUUCCCGUGUUUUUGUUUAGAUGAAGGUGUUUCAGUUCCUUGCGAUUCCUCUGGUGGCUUUCACCACGAAUUGUUACUAACCUUCUACGUUUUUGCAGUGCAGAGUCCUCUCUUACAUGGUUACUGUGUAGUCGUACAAUUCUUAUAAUACAUUUAUUGUAGUCGUUUGCCCAGGCAAGAUUUGUGACUUGGUUUUGGUCUUGCACACGAAAUAUCUGUCUGGAGAUUUGGUGCCUGCUGCUGUUCAUUCUGCAAACAUGCCGCAGCGAACGACAAAUCUCAAUUUAAAGGUUUUGGUUACCUUAAAAAUGGAUUAUGUGAUAAAUCCAUGGUGCCCAGAACAAUGAGACGCGCAAACAUCGAAUAACUUAAGACAUUCUUUCCGGUUAACAUGCGAGGAUCAAGGAAAUUGCAGUUGUCAAGCAUGUGCUUCACUUCAGAAACGUUGGUUUUUAUUCUCAAGUCAUUGCUCGGGAAGGUGAUCAACAUUUCUUCUGCCAGCAUGUGGCAACGCUCUCCUAAAAAUAUCUCUUGGAAGGGACAACAAAGGAAGGUCAGCAACGAAUGUCAGGCCAAGCAGUUGUUUAUAUCGCUUCCUCCUUUCUACGUUGAGGAUAUAGUUCCUCUAAUAAAAAUAUCUCUUGGAAGGGACAACAAAGGAAGGUCAGCAACGAAUGUCAGGCCAAGCAGUGGUUUAUAUCGCUUCCUCCUUUCUACGUUGAGGAUAUAGUUCCUCUAAUAAUAUCUCCAAGUUCAUCCAGCAACCCUUGUUGAUUGAUUCAUACUCAAAUAGACUGAUCUAACAACCUGGGAGUUUCUAUGAAAAUGGGAGUUUUGUUUCUUUCGGGGAUAAAAUACAAUAGACCGGCAAGUCCUGUAUCCAAUUUCAACGUGGGAAAAGUUCGUGGAUUCAUUCUAAUCUAUAGACACAGUGAUGAUUCGACCCUAAAAGUGAUGUCUCUGAUGACGAUGUUUUUAUGAAUAGUGAAGGCACAAACAGGAUUUAAGCUGA